AUGAGGUCUUUAUUACUAUGUUUCGUUGCGCUAGCAGCGCUAGCGUAUGUCACCUGUCGGGAUGUCUCUCGGAAUAGGCGCGACGCGGACUUGGAAACAGCUGCUACUAAACAUGGAGGUGGAGGUGGAGGUGGAGGUGGUGGUGGUGGUGGUGGGGGUAAAUGGGAUAAGGGCGGCGGUAGUGAACACCACGGUCAUCAUCACGAUGAUCACGGAGAAAAGGGACACAAGGGCUACAAGGGACAUCACCAUCAUGAGCACGGUAAAAAGGGCCAUCACCAUCAUGAAGGGCACAAGGGUCAUCAUGAUGAACAUGGUGGUAAUAAGAAGCAUCACCAUCACGAUGAUGGGCACCACCACGAACACCACCACGGAGAAAAGGGCCAUAAAGGCCAUGGUCAUCACGAGAAAGGUCAUUAUCACAAGGGGCACUCCACUAAGGGUCACCACGGUGUUCAUAAGCACGAUGAAUUUAAGAAAGAGAAACAUUUCCAUGACAAUCAUCACGAGGGUGGCCAUGAGGAGCAUCAUGGUGGUCACCAUGGGGAACAUGGGCACAAGAAAGGCGGUGGGUUCCACAAGGGACACAAGCAUGGUGGUCAUCAUCAUCAUGAGCAUGGCAAAAAGGGUCAUCAUGAGAAGGGAGGACAUCAUCAUGAUCACAAAGGCCACCAUGAUGAAGGUGGCCAUCACGAACAUCAUCACCAUCAUCAUGAUCAUGGCAAGAAGGGUGGCCAUGAGGCGCACAAACACUGGGGCCACAAGAAGGGACACUAA